AUGGUUCCACCAAAUACCACAACUGUAAUGCCCUUUCUGACCAAGCAGUGGCAGGAAGCAGUUCCACAAGAUGGCAACGUGUCUGGCCUGCCCCGUUGGUCCACCAUCAGUGAGGACAGUGAACUGGAGGUGCUCUACAUUCUCAUUGUGCUUGGCUUCUUUGGCUUCUUCACCGUGGGCAUCAUGCUGAGCUAUAUCCGUUCCAAGAAGUUGGAGCACUCCCACGACCCCUUCAACAUGUACAUUGAGUCCGACACCUGGCAGGAGAAGGACAAAGCAUAUUUCCAGGCCCGGAUUCUGGAGAGCUACAGAGCAUGUUAUGUCAUUGAGAAUCAACUAGCUGUAGACCAACCCAAUGCACACCUACCUGAGAUGAAGCCUUCCUCCUGA